ACCGUAUUUCGAGCUAGUGUCGCUGUAUACACAAUAUUACAAAUUCACUUUACAAGCGAUAGCAGAGUUCCGCAGAUUCGAGCAAUGACAGACCUGACCAUCAAGUACACGAUCGCGGUAAUUGACCGGCACAAAGAGAAAAUCCUCUACUGAGCCUCCCCACCACGACCAGUCCGGUUUUGAUGUACAAUAUGAUUUUUACAAUCAAUCUGCAUAGCGUAACAAAGACGCUUCUGAAGUACCCACUUCUACCGACUACACCUUAUCUUGAUGUCUAUCUGAAGCUGUCGGGUACCAUACCGCCUGACCCUUCAUUCGAAGAACUUUCCAGAGAAUACGGCCAGCUUCUGUUCUGGCAGAAGGAGCAGCCGAUUCAAGGACCACUAAGAGCUCCACGUUUCUUCAGGACGCAUGGAUUCAAGUUGGAACCGGAAGUCGUCAGCAGCCUCCCGAAACGAUCCGAAAAUAGGCUCAAAGCCGCAUGCGCAAAACUCAAGUCCGAAAAAGGUCCAUCAGAUAUCAUUGUCAUGUCCCAUAUGAUAGUACCAUAUCUCAUGGAUAAGAUGUCCAAGCGCGAGGCCUGGAGUUUACCAGAAAAGGGAGCGGAGUUUAUUCAAAGACUCGCUGACGAAUGGAGACGCGUUAUUCCGGACGCGAGAAACGCGUAUGUUGUGGAACUUGGACCGUUUGAGACUCCCAACCAAUGGAAUUACGUACACGCUACACAUCUCAAUAACUUAUUUUAUGUCCUUCAAUGCCACAGCCACUGCAGCGAAAUUGACGUCGUACAGGUGGAUGGGAGACUGGGAGCUCAGGCUCGGCCGGAGCAGUAG